CUGUGCAGAAGACGGUUGGUGUGGCUGUGACAUGGCCUGCGGAGCCGACACUGAGCUGAAACCUCAGAGCUUUAAAUUCACUGUUCUUUCUGAACAGAUAAACAAACUUGAGGAGGACAAAUCUGCUUUACAUGUGACAGACUCUAACUCUGCGUCUGACAUAGUUCCUGAUGUUAUUCUACGGGUAGAAGGAGAGAGUUUUUAUGUCAACCGUCAACGACUGGCCCUGCAGAGUCCCUACUUCAGGGCUCUGUUUUUUGGCUGUGGCCUAGAGAGCAGCAAAAGGAAAGUUGAGAUCAAAGGUGUGUGUCUGCAGCAUUUCAGGGUUUUAAUGGAAUACAGCAAGACAUCCAAUCUUGAUUUGGACAGAGAAAACGUUCUGGGGAUCCUUCAGACUGCAGACUUUUUACAACUGGAGCGAGCCAGGCUGCUGUGCUGCAAGUUCCUGGAGCGUGAGCUGCACUUGAGUAACUGCCUGGGAAUGAUGGCCUGUGCCUGGCAGCUGGGCUGUACUCAGCUCUACACGGCAGCACGACAGGUGGCGCUCACACACUUCUCUGCUAUUGUUGCUGAAGAGGACUUCCUGUCCCUGUCUAAGGAAGCUGUAGCAGACCUUCUUGCCAGUGAUGACCUGGCCAUCCAUAAAGAUGACUUGGCCCUGGAGGCUACCCUACGUUGGGUGUCAUUUGAUUCAAAACGAGAGGAAAAUUUUCCGGAGCUUGUUCAGCUGGUGAGACCUGAGUCGCUCUCUUUACCAUUUAUCAUUGAACUUUUGACCAAAAUGAUAAACUGUGACAUCAGAGCCAAGCUCAUCUGCGCACUGAAUGAACAUUUCCCGGCAUCUUGGUCAAUGGGCAGGUCGAUGACGAGGAUCAGGGCCAGAGAGGCCCUCUUUGUCCUGGGUGGACCUCACGAUAAGGAGCAGCAGUCACUGUACCAGUUUCACCCUCUCAGUGGUCGAUGGGAAAACUGUCCCCCUCUGCAGAGGAAGAACCUCACACAGUACUCGGUAGCUGCAGUAGGAGACAAAGUGGUCGUGACAGGCGGCUACUUCCGGGACGUGCUGUGGUUCUGUGCGGACUGGGUCAAGAUAUACGAAUGUGCAAACCAGCGCUGGGUGGAUGGGCCGGCCCUGCGGACAUCCAGGCACAGCCACUGCUCCAUAGGGCUAGACUCUGUACUGUAUGUCCUGGGGGGCAGUAUGGAUGAAGGGCUUGUGUCCGAUGUAGAAAAGCUGGUCCUGGGGUCAGAGGGUUGGGAGGAGGUCAGCCCCAUGGUUAGGGCUGUGGAGAGGGCAGCCACUGCUUCUCUGGGGUCGUGUAUCUAUGUGGCGUGUGGCCUGGAUGAAAACGGGGAGGUGUAUGGUGGGAUUCAGAGGUACAUGGUGAAGGAGGAUCAGUGGGAUGUGGUCUCCUAUUCACCAUUUCCACGAUAUGAUCUGGUUGCCACAGAGCUCAACGGUGCCCUCUACCUGUUUGGAGGCCAUGCCUUGCGUUUUGAUGUGGAGACAGAUGAGUGGACUGUGCUUGAGGAGGAAUGUCUGGACAGGAAGUUCUUCUCUGGCUGCACAACAGUCAGUGGCCAGAUAUACCUGGUCAGUGAGAGGAAGAGCAACAAAGCAUUCCCAAACAUGGUGCUGAUGGACCCUUACAUAGACACUUGCAUUCAGGUAGAUGAUGCCAUACCCUGCCCUGUGCCCCUCAGAGGGUGUGUCACCAUGAGAAUGGUCACGUGAUGUGAAUGAAAAUGUAUUAAUCUAUUCCACAAAACACUAUCUGUGGUAAUGUAUAUGCAUAUAUUGGAAGUGUCAAUUCAGAGCACUUCCCAAAUAAAUGUUUAUAUAAAAGGUCACAAUUUGGGUGAAAUAAAUACAAAAACAAAAAGCUUUCAUUAAAAACUACAAUUAUUAAGGUUGUAUGCCUCCGUCAACAAGUCAAGUUGCAGUUAACAUCCAUGUCUGUCAUCACUUCAUCAUUUUAUGUGUGACAUGUGUGUGAAAUUGUCAAUAUUAGCAUAUGAGUUCUUGAGUUAUGGCCAAAAACGUGUUUUAUGAGGUCACAGUGACCUUGUUCUUUGACUUUUGACCAUCAAAAACUAAUCAGUUCAUCCUCGAGUCCAAGUCGACAUUUGUGCCAAAUUCUGCCAAAUUUGAAGAAAUUCGCUCAAGGCCUUCUUGAGAUAUCACGAGAAUGGGAUGGAGGUCACAGUGACCUUUGACCACC